CAUGGACAGAGCCAGCCCUGGGAGAUGGCCCCAAGCAGAGCCAGGAAGCCCCAAACACCAGCUGCCGGGAUGGGGGGCAGCACGCCUCCCAGGGGCCCACCCACAGAGGGGUGCCAUUGGACGGGCUCCUCAACCUGCCCUCAGGCCUCGGGCCCCUCCCAGGCUUCACAUUGUCCCCCUAAGGAAGCCGGCUCUGGGGGUCAGCCCUUUUUCCAGAGCUCUGACACAUCACGGAGUCCACCUGGCAUGGACGAAGGGGAAUGGAUGAAGGGGUAGGGGUCGCCGGGCCUCCUUGGAGCCAAACCCUCCUUCCUGCUCUGAUGUCCUUUCUGGCUGAGCGAUGGGAGGGAGGGGUCUAUGGAUCCUUGGUAAUGGAGGGCUGUUCUUUCUGCUUCCAGACGAUCAUAAGAGAGGGGAUGCUGAUGAAGCAGACGAGUUCCUUCCAGCGCUGGAAGAGAAGGUACUUCAAACUUCGAGGACGUACGCUGUACUACGCAAAAACAGCCAAGUCGAUCAUCUUUGAUGAAGUGGACCUCAGUGAUGCCAGCGUGGCUGAAUCCAGCACCAAAAAUGUGAACAACAGCUUCACGGUGAUCACUCCGUGCCGCAAGCUCAUCCUGUGCGCCGACAACAGGAAGGAGAUGGAGGACUGGAUCGCCGCCCUGAAGACCGUGCAGAACCGAGAGCACUUUGAGUCCACCCAGUACAGCAUGGACCACUUCUCGGGCAUGCACAACUGGUCGCUUCUUCCCAGGGCCCCCUACUGCCGGUGCCGGGGGCGCGGGGGCCGUCCCCAGUGGCAAAGUUGCCCCAACGCUCCCGGGCCACCAACAACUGGUGGGCCCAACGCUUCUAUCGGGAAGGACAUCCGGGAGGACGAGGACGGGAUCUCCAUGCCCCACCAGUGGCUGGAAGGAAACCUCCCGGUGGCGGCACUGGCGAGAAGCGGCGGCAGGCGGGCCAGGACUGGGCGCCUCUGGUGCAAGGCCAUGGUCCACACGUCAUGCAAGGACUCGCUCCUGGCCAAGUGCCCCCUGGGCCUGUGCAAGGUGUCCGUCAUCCCCCCGACCGCCCUGAACAGCAUUGACUCGGGGUGGUUCUGGAAAGCCACGUGCCCCCCGUCCUGCACCAGCCCCCUGCUGGUCUUUGUCAACUCCAAGAGCGGAGACAACCAGGGCGUGAAGUUCCUGCGCAGAUUCAAGCAGCUGCUGAACCCGGCCCAGGUCUUCGACCUCAUGAACGGAGGACCCCACCUGGGACUGCGGUUAUUCCAGAAGUUCGACACUUUCCGGAUUCUGGUGUGCGGCGGGGACGGCAGCGUGGGAUGGGUCCUGUCUGAGAUCGACAGCCUCAACCUUCACAAGCAGUGCCAGCUGGGAGUGCUGCCCCUCGGCACCGGGAACGACCUGGCCCGCGUGCUGGGCUGGGGCUCCGCCUGCGACGACGACACGCAGCUCCCCCAGAUCCUGGAGAAGCUGGAGCGGGCCAGCACCAAGAUGCUGGACCGGUGGAGCAUCAUGGUGUAUGAGACCAAACUCCCCCGACAGGCAUCGUCCUCCACGGUGACAGAAGACUUCAGUGAGGACUCGGAGGUCCAGCAGAUCCUCUUCUACGAAGACUCAGUGGCCGCACACCUGUCCAAAAUCUUGACUUCGGACCAGCAUUCUGUGGUCAUCUCCUCCGCCAAGGUGCUCUGUGAGACCGUGAAGGACUUUGUGGCGCGGGUGGGGAAGGCCUACGAGAAAGCCCCCGAAAGUUCCGAGGAGUCUGAGGUCAUGGCCAGGAAGUGCUCUGUGCUCAAAGAGAAGCUGGACUCGCUCCUGAAGACGUUGAACGACGAGUCCCAGGCGUCCUCGUCGCUUCCCAACCCCCCUCCCACCAUCGCGGAGGAGAUGGAAGAUGGCGACGGCUCUGGCGGCGUCUGUGCCUCCAUCGCCUCAGCCUGCCCCACACGGCCCCAGAUCUUCCGGCCUCGGGAGCAGCUCAUGCUGAGAGCCAACAGCCUGAAGAAGGCGAUCCGCCAGAUCAUAGAACAUGCAGAAAAGGCUGUGGACGAGCAGAACGCCCAGACCCAGGAGCAGGAGGGGUUUCUGCUGGGGCUCCCCGCCGCCGAGGAAGGCAAGGGUCCCAAGGCAGAGGACAAGCCCUCCCCACAGACCCCUCCUGGCGGCAACGGCAGCAUGUCCCGAGGGAGGAGCCAGCGCAAAGGGCCCAAAUCCCCCUGUGAAAAGCUCAUAAGCAAAGGAAGUUUGUCCCUGGGCAGCUCGGCGUCUCUUCCUCCCCAGACGGGAAACCGCGACAGCUUGCCCAUGCUGAACACAAAGAUCCUGUACCCAAAUAUUCGCGCCGGGAUGUCCGGUUCCUUACCUGGAGGUUCGGUCAUCAGUCGUUUGCUCAUCAACGCGGAUCCCUUUAACACCGAACCGGAAAAUUUAGAGUGCUACACAGAGAAGUGCGUCAUGAACAACUACUUCGGGAUCGGGCUCGAUGCCAAGAUCUCCCUGGAUUUCAAUAACAAGCGCGACGAGCACCCGGAGAAGUGCAGGAGCCGAACCAAGAACAUGAUGUGGUACGGGGUCCUGGGGACAAAGGAAUUGCUGCAUCGGACCUACAGGAACUUGGAGCAGAAGGUCCUGCUGGAGUGUGACGGGCGUCCCAUCCCGCUGCCCAGCCUCCAGGGUAUCGCUGUCCUCAACAUCCCUAGCUACGCCGGGGGCACCAACUUCUGGGGAGGCACCAAGGAAGAUGAUACGUUCACAGCCCCCUCCUUCGACGACAAGGUGCUGGAGGUGGUGGCCGUCUUCGGCAGCAUGCAGAUGGCCGUCUCCCGCGUCAUCAAUCUGCAGCACCACCGCAUCGCCCAGUGUCGCACGGUGAAAAUCGCCAUCCUGGGCGAGGAGGGCGUCCCCGUGCAGGUGGAUGGAGAGGCCUGGAUCCAGCCCCCCGGCUACAUCCAGAUUAUCCACAAGAAUCGGGCGCAGACCCUGACCAGGGAUCGGGCCUUUGAGAGCACCCUGAAGUCCUGGGAAGACAAGCAGAAGUGUGAGCUCUCGCGCCCGCCCUCCUUCUCCCUGCACCCGGAGAUCAUGUCCGAAGAGGAGUCCACCCAGAUGCACCAGUUUGGCCAGGCGGCGGGGGCCCUCAUCCACAGCCUCCCUCAAAUCGCCGGGAAGUCCAAGGCCAGCGAGGUGAGUCCGUGGCCCGCCCACCACGCGGCAGCCCCCCCCCCCCCCCUUCCUGGGCCCUCACAGCGCUUUCCUCCUUCCCAGGGGCUGAACUGCACGUUUGUCCUGGAGAUGGUGAACAACAUCCGCGCCCUCCAUAACGAGACGGAGCUGCUGCUCGCUGGGAAGAUGGCCUUGCAGCUCGAGCCGCCCCACAAGGAGCAGCUCGGGGCGGCCCUGGCGGACAUGGACCUGCAGCUGAGGAGGCUGGCUGACAUUCCCUGGCUCUGGCAGCUCAUGGAGCCCAGUGAUGAUGAGGUACGACCCCCACCCCCCCUUCUCCAACGCGCAGGGCAAAUUCGCCGUAAAUUCAAAAAGGAGAAAAGCAGCAAGAACAAAGAGCUCCGCGCCGGCUCCGGCCUCCCUGCUCACCUCUGGGGCACGGAGGAGGUGGCCGCCUGGCUGGAGCACCUCAGCCUCUGUGGUUUAAGUUCUUCCCGCCCACGCUCGGGCCCUGAGCUGCUCAGCUCGGCGAGGGACCUCAAGGACCUCGGGGUGACCAAGGUGGGCCACAUGAAGAGGAUCCUCCACGGAAUCCGGGAGCUGAGCCGGAGCGCUCCCACCGCCGAGGCUUAGCCGGGGUCCUCGCCGCCUGCAUCCGCCCCUCCUCCGCCCGCUGAGCGUGGCGCC